AUGGCUGUCAAGCGCAAGUUCUCUGACGAGUUCGACGAUGUCGUCCGUACCAACGGGAAGCAGCAGAAGCUCAUCCCCUUCCCCAACUCCUCCACCGAGCUCGACUCCGACGUAGCUAUGUCCGACGCCUCCAUGUCCGACCUUGAGCCUCUGUCCAUCCCUGCUCACCACUUCCACACACGACUACCCUCUGAUGCCAGUUCUGCGUCUUCAUCGACGUCACACUCGCCUCAAAACUCCCCUUUCUAUCCAGUCUUCGACCUUUACCCCAGCGACACCGACAGCUACAUGGGCAUUGCUGCCCAUGGCUUUCCCGACCCAACCUUGCAGGCCCCUCAAAAGCCUGUCGGCCUCAUUCAGCCGAAGGGCAAUGGUUUCACACAUCACGGGUAUGUUCUCCGAACUUGUUUGCAGGUGGUUGUGCCUUGA